AUGGCAACCAGAGAAGCAGUCAAUGCUGCAUUUUCUCUGUGGUUUAAGCUCACUGCAUCCUAUAAAGUCUUUCUUUUCUUUUUGUAUUUGUUAUUUUUUCUCUUUUAUUUCAUAGUUUUUCUUUUUUCUCAUUUUUUUGUUAUUUUUUCUUUCUUUCUUCUUUUUCUCUUUUCUGGCUUCCAUUUUUCUUCCUCUUCUUUCUUCUUUCUAUUUUCUCUUCUGUUUCUUUCUUCCUUUUCUUUCUUUCUUCCUUUUCUUUCUUUCUUCCUUUUCUUUUUCUUUUUUCUUUUUCUCUUCUGUUUUCUUUCUUUUCUUUUUUCUUUUCUGUUUUCUUUCUUUUCUUUUUUCUUUUUCUCUUCUGUUUUCUUUCUUUUCUUUCUUCUUUUUCUCUUCUGUUUUCUUUCUUUCUUCUUUCUUUCUUCUUUUUCUUUUCUUUCUUUUUCUUCCAUUUUCUUUUCUUCUUUUUCACAUUUUUUUCUUUUAUCUUAUUUUUUUUCUGAUGGAUUACAUUCUUUUCUUCAUGGCCUUAGGAAGUAUUGCAAAGACUUUGAAUUUUUUUUUUCUAUCACUUUCUCUCUCUCUCUCUCUCUCUCUCUCAUUACCUCCCAUAUUUCUUUUUUUUUUUUUCCUUCUCUGUCUCUUUCUUUCCUUUCCAGCUAUCUCACUUUUAACUUUUUCUCAGACAAAUUGCUCUUGAUCCCUUACUUAUUUUUACUUAUCCUCCUUUUUUUCUUUUCUUUUUUCUUUUUCUUUGCUUUUUCUUUUCUUUUUCAUUUUCUUUUCUGUUUUCUUUUCUUCUUUCCUUUUUCUUUUCUUUUUUCUUUUUUUCCUUUUUCUUUUUUCCUUUUUUUUCCCUUUUCUUUUUUUUCUUUUCUUUUUUUAAGCAAAUCUCUAUAUAAAUCAUGA